AUGGUUCAAUCCCAACUUGUUCACCCCAAUGUCCAGAUAACUGAAAUAACGAGAGAGUUCUGCCGUGCUGCAUCGAAACUAGCCGCGGGCAAGCUAGUCAAAGAUGAGCACUUCACACUAUAUGAGGCCGUCAGCGCCUUGGAGAUCGGUGAUCCGAAGAUGGACAGUGGGUGUACCGCCUUCGACGCGGAAAGCGAUGAGGAGUUCGACCCUGCCAGGAGCGUAUCCGCGGAGGAGAUAAUAUGGUUGAUGGAUCAGUUGAUGUAUCGCGAGGAGGAGGACUUUGCACCACAGAUAUACAACCGGCCUCUUCUACAUGACUUCUCCGUUGGAGAGGUAAUGGACUCGUUGCAGGAUGCACGUGCCUUUAUACAAAAUAGCAACCUCCCGCAGCCCUUGAAAGGAGCAUUGACAGACAGGGUGGAUGGACGAUCUGCUUUCCUGCGGCUACUGCACAGUUGCGAGCUCCUCGAACGACCUACCAACUCAACUCUGGAAAAAACUCUGGCUCUGAUCAAGGCAAUUGAAGAGACAUCCAUUCUCGGGCGCCCAACGCCAACUGUUUCUUUCACUUUGAAAUUGCAACGGGGUCUGGCAAGCAGUGUGCCUCCAAGACCGAUGAUAGUUAUUGAGAAGGAGAGAGCCUUUUCUUUCUUCCGUCAGCUCCUUACGGACAUUAUCACGGCAUUUCAGUUGCUUGACAUAACGUCCAGCAGUGACCUCCUCGUUGCUUAUCAGAUGUUCAUGGCGCAGACGUCGCAACCUGCGGUGUAUGCUCGAGCCCUCCUACAGUCCUUCUUGAACAUUGACAACGCGGUGCUGGGGCGAUAUGCCAUCAACGACUUCGUCAGUGAGGACAUUCACUCCCUUGCACUUCCUACCGCUCUGUCUUUUGGGAGCAGCAACAGCGAAAUUGAAGACAUUCCAGAGGACCAGCAGAUUGAUCUCCUCGCUAAAGUGGAUCUUUUCCUGAAUCGCUGCGGACAGUCAUUCCUGAAUUUUUUUAGGACAUAUUGUCUGAACCGCUGUCGGGUAAGGCGCUCAAUGUGCCACGCAGCCCUGGAGUGGGAUCAGAUUCAAGCGGAGGCCGAGGACCUGGACGCGUUUAUACAAUCGGUCCUGGGUGAGCAGCCCGUUCCUUACCCCAAUGGCGAGCAACCCACCUUUUCAUACUCCUUCAGCAGUUGGGUAUAUCACUACAAGCUGAUACAACUUCGCACCAUCCUUCAGAUGGGAUUUGAACUUUCCGUGUAUGCUCCGCACGAAUUUACCGAGAUGUACUGGUAUCUCUCCUUUCUAUCCAAAUCGCACCUCUCUCACCUCGAAAGAAUCAGCUUCUUUGUGUCCUCGAGUCGACAGCUGGAUGCACGCCGGCGAGAUGAGGUACAGGUUACUCUGAAGCGAUUGUACCACCAUUUCACUUGGCUCAAGGCCACAGAGGCUCUCGCAAAAGCUCUGCACCGCGUCUUCGUCAUUAUCCAACGCCAUGGUCACCUUCACAAGCCUUCACCCGCGUACGCAUCAGACCGCUUACGGUACGAGCUGAGGAUGCGACCGUUUCUCAACCUCUCCAUCCCCGAACCCGUCGACUUUGAUGUGGCUCAGCAGUCCUGCUCGUUACAGGAUCUACCUGAUGCGUCUGUCCUCGAUCAGGCAACCAAUUUGGUACAGACCGCAAGAAAAGCAUGGGAAGAAGUUUUGAGGAACGGCUGGGAGUCCACGCCUCCCCGAGUCGCGGAUCCCAAAUCUGGAACUGGGGCAGCAGGGAGAGUCAAAGCAGUCGCGCCGAUAGUAGAUGGUGAAUGGACACAAGACGUGCGAAACUCUAUGAAGUCAUGUAUAGGCACGGCGAUUGCGAUAGCUUCACUGAGCAAAGCUCUACAAGCCACGGGCAAAAGUACCACAGGCGGCGGCAUCUCGAGUCUGAAGGUGGAAAUUCCGCCAGUCGGUGAUCGCGAUCGCUGGCAUGUAGCAUGGCCUGUCCCCAAGAUUUCCAGCUGA